AUGAAUGAACCCUAUGAAGGUGAACUUCCUUGGUUGGAUUUGCCACAAGAGGAAUCGGUAAAUGGAGAGUCCUUUGCAGAGUCACUGCUGCCUUGGCGCUCGCAGGAACGCCCUGAGUUGCACCUUUCAGACCUGGUCCCAGCGACGCUGCUCCUUUUGCAGAAAUACACGCGUCAGGAAGAGCUUGCGAUAAGCAUCCACCAGGGAAGUCUUCAGUGCAUACACGUCAAGGAGGUCCCUGGCAAGACUUUCGAGUCUUUGAAAGAUGAAGGCCGGAGACCUUGCGAUCGAUGUUUGCAGGUUGCUGUGGGUGAUGGAGAGGAAAGCUUGCAGCUGCUGGAAGCAACAGGUUUGGAGCUUUUGCUUUAUCCCUGUCGUUCAGAUGGCAAGGAAUUCGUGAAGUGGUGGUGGAGACAAUCCAAAUUCUCAGCAGAAUGGAUUCUUCGAGCACAGGAAGAUCUGUGUCGCUUGUUGGACAGAGCGCUCCAGACGGGAGGAACUGUGGCGGAACUGCGCUGGAUCGCAGCAGAAGAGGAAUUUCGGAUCACCGGCUUCAACCGCACCGCGGUCACCUCCCCCAGCGUCAGCCUCCUGCAGCUGCUGGAGGAAGCCAUGACAAGCAGCGAACGCCAAGCCGUGGUUCGCAUCGGGGAUGAGUUUCGCGAGUCCCUGAGCCACGUUGAGCUAUGGGCGGUGGCGGGGCGUUUGGCCCAUCAGCUGGGUGAUGCAAAGUCAGUGGCGAUCCUCUUGGAACGUGGUGUGGCCAUGGUUGUGGCGCUAUUGGCCACGUGGCGAGCAGGUGGAACUUGCGUUCCAAUGGAUUUGAAGUUACCACGACAGCGGCAGGAGCACAUCCUGCAGGAUGCUGAGGUGGCUGUUGCCAUCACUGCGCGAAGCGCAUGGGCAGAACCUUGGCCGUUUGCCUGUCACGUGGUCUACGUGGAAGACAUCGGUGAGCAAAGUUGCGACGGAGGUGUUGUCCGUAGCCAAGACGAUCCUGCCUACAUUUUGUUCACAAGUGGCUCGACUGGUAUUCCGAAGGGGGUUAUCCUGACCCAUGGGAAUCUACUGGCAUAUGUCCGAUGGCAUGUGCAGUACUACCGCUUGAGCUCAGAGGAUCGAGUUCCUCACAUGGCCGGCCUGUCCUUCGAUGCUUCAAUGGCGGAGAUUUGGCCGACCCUGGCAGUUGGUGGAUGUGUUUUGCCUGCCCCGGAUGAUAACAUUCGACUGCUUCCAGAGGCCCUGUGCAACUGGUAUGCGGAGGUGGGUGCCACCGUGGCCUUUCUAACCACUCAGCUGGCAGAGGGAAUUCUGGCGGAGCCACAGUUUCCAAGGAUGAGGUUGCGAGUUCUCUUCACCGGAGGUGAUAAGUUACACCUGAGACCGCCAGAACAUGCGCCCUUUCAGCUGGUGAAUAUCUAUGGUCCAACAGAAUGCACCGUGAAUGUGACCAUGUGCUUGGUAAAGCCUGGUGAUGGAGUUCCUUUCAUUGGAGAGCCGGUGGUGGGAAUGCAGCUCUAUGUUUUAGAUGCCCAGAUGCAGCCACAGCCGUGUGGCAUUUUUGGGGAGCUCUACAUUGGAGGAGCCCAGGUUGGCGCUGGAUAUUUACAACGACCAGAACUGACAGCUGAACGUUUCGUGCCAAAUCCUUUUGUGGAUGCCAACCAGGAUGGUCCCGAGGGUCCCAGUCUAUGGCCCAGUGGGCCUUACUGGACUGGCCGUGAGGGCCCAGAGGAUGGUCCGUCCUGGGCAUCGCAGACGCUCGAGUCAACCACCGUGAAGCACAGUGCAGCUCCUCGUUUGUAUCGCACCGGAGAUCUGGUGCGAUGGACUCCCAGUGGAGCCAUCGAUUUCUUGGGGCGCAUUGACUCGCAGGUCAAGAUCCGGGGUCAGCGUAUCGAACUGGGCGAGAUCGAAACGAAGCUCCUGAGCCACGAGGCCGUCCGGGAGUGCGUGGUCCAAUGCCGUACUUUUUCGGGGAGCCACGACAAGUACCUGGCUGCCUACUGGACUCCCAGAAGUCCCGAUGGAGGCGAUCUCUCGGAAAAGCUGUUGGAGUGGCUCCGAUCGGAGUUGCCUCACUACAUGGUGCCAGCGGCCUUGCUGCGCUUGGCGGCGCUGCCGUUGAACGCCAACGGCAAGGUGGACCGGCGCCGCCUUCCGGAGCCCUUGGCCGCCUUGGCGGUGGAGGUGGAGGUGGCAGAACCAGCGGAUCCAGGAUCAACUUUGGGACGCUUGGAGGGCGAGUUGAGGGCUGCGUUCGCCGCUGUACUGAAGAGACCCGUUGCAGAGGUUCCGAUUGGUGUCUCCUUCUUCGCCCUGGGUGGUCAUUCCUUGUCGGUGGGGCAAUUGGUGAACCGAAUUCGCCGGGAAGUGAAGAUCCCACAGGCGUGCAUCACAGACGUCUAUGCCGCGGCAACUGUACAGCAGCUGGCGGCAAGACUGGCCGAGUAUGAAUCGAAGGAUCCAAAGGAUCCAAAGGAUCCAAAAGAUGAACUGAUUGAGGAAGCUGAUGGAAAGUUGGCAUCUGAAGAAUGUCAGUGCUAUCCGGCAAGUUAUCAGCAACUGUCACUGGAAAGGAUGGCUUCACUCAGUGCCAAAGCAUCUUCCGCUCUGAAUUUGACCUUUUGUUGUCACGUGCGCGGUCCUUUGGAUGUGGAUUGCCUACAACAAGCCUUCACAGCCGUCCAGAUGCGACAUGAUGCCCUUCGCACCACCUUGAAGGAAGGUCAAUGUCAUGUUUCUGAUGAUCCCUGCCUGGAUUUCAGCACCACUCCACAGCCAGCGGAGUUAGCUGAGUGGCUUCUGCAGAAACAGUACGAAACCUUCGAUUUGCAAAAGGGACCUUUGUGUCGUGUGCGGCUCAUUGAGGAGUCCACCUCGGCCUGGAUUCUCCACUGGACCUUGCACCAUGUCUCUGCAGAUCUUUGGAGUUACACGGUUCUUCUCCGUGAUCUUGGACUGGCCUAUGACCAGCUCCGAAGCGGCGCCCCCAGCGUUGCUUCCUCCGUGGACUGGCCAUCGGAAGCCCCGCAGUAUCGCGACUACGCGCGGCAGGAGAGAACGACCCAUCGAAGGUCCAGGGACUGGAAAAAUGCCAUGGAUUUCUGGCGGCAAAAGUUACAACCACCCCCACCAGCAUUGACAUUACCUGGAGCACAGCGAGAAUUGAGAAAUGAAGUCUCCAGCGAUUUGAAUUUCACAGGGAGUAAAGUGGAUUUUGAACUCAGCCGGGAUCUUUCGGAGAGACUCUGUGCCUUGAGUUCGAGAUUUGGUGCGUCCAUUCAUGCAACACUGCUGGCAGCAUGGAUGGUGUUGCUAUCCCGUUAUGCGGAAGAAGAUGCUGAAGACGUUUGUGUUGGCACACCCUUCGCAUGUCGAACAACAGCUGAGUCCGAAGAAAUGGUGGGUUACUUUGUAACACCUUUGUGCAUCCGGGCUCACGUGUCCGGUAGCUUUGAUGCAUUGCUUCAACAGGUCUAUGGUGAAGUCCAAAAUGCCUUACGCUUUCAACGCGUGCCCUUGAACGAAGUUUGUGAGGAACUGAAUUUGGAGCAGAGGCACAUCUUGCAAGCCAUGUUCGUUUUCCAGACAUGUCCUGAAUUGGGACAGGAGUUGCCAUCAUUUCUGAUGGGUCAUGAAGGUUCCGAGUUGCCUUUGGGAUCCGAACUUCAACUCGAAUCCAUGGCUAUUGGCCAACAACAUGCUCAAUUUGACCUGGCCUUGAUGAUGGCAUUCUCACCUUCUCAGCAACUCAUUGGCAACUUUCAGUACAGCUUUGCAUCAUAUUCUCGGGAGACGGUCUUGAGACUCCAGUCCCAAUACCAACGUCUUCUGGAGAAAAUUGUCUCUGACCCAGAGCAGAAUGUGACCCAGAUCCCCUUCAUCGAUGUCAAGGACUUGCAGCUUACACGAGCCAUCAGCCCGUGGCAGGAGGAACACGGCAAGCAUUUGCCUUCCGUCUCCCUAGCCGAAUUGGUGCUGCAACGGGCCGCAGCCAAUCCCAGUGCCUUUGCCGUGAUUGGCCCCGAAGGCGUCUGUACCUAUGGCGAAAUCCUGCGCCGCGCUGAGCUCUUUGCAGCCUAUCUCUGUGACGUUCAACCCACGGCCUCCAGAACAUCGUCUCAAUCAAUGCUACCGCUGGAUUUGGAGAAUCCACUCUUAGAAGAGUCCAUUUUGGAAAAUCACUGGAACGAAGAAAAUCAGUUCAUUGGAUUGAUGGUUGCUCCAGGUCCAUGGAUGUUAGCCGGUCCCUUAGGGGCUUGGAUGGCUGGCCGUGGAUAUUUCGCCCUGGAUACUUCGCAUCCCUUGGAACGGAUCCAACAAAUGACGCAGGACGCAUCACCGCAGUGUGUUUUCACCGAGCGGAAGAACCAAUCCUUGGCCAAUUCCUUGGGUUGGCCCACCGUAUUUGUGGAAGAUCUGGCGAUGCAGAGGAUGCAUCCACGGAGAGAGCCUUGGCCCCACAUGGCACCUGAAGCCCGAAGUCUUCUGGUCUUCACCAGUGGAUCCACUGGGAGACCCAAAGGUGUGCUCCUCUCCAUGAGAGCUUUGCUUGCCCAUGUUCUCUUCACCAGCAAGCACUUCGACUUCAAGCAAGGGCAGGCUGUUCUGCAACACACCUCCUGGACCUUUGAUGCGCCCAUCUGUGAGAUUUGGCCAGCGAUUCUGGCGGGCGCCACAGUGGUGAUCAGCAAGAGGGAUGGAUCCAAGGACUUUCAGUACAUCUCCUCGCUGGUGGAUGAGCAUCGCGUCAGCCAUGCGCUCUUCGUCCCUUCCUUGCUGGCUGAAAUUUUGGAGCAGCAAGCCUUACCUCGAAGUCUUCGGUCUUUGGUGGUGGUCGGAGAGGCGUGUUCCCUGAGUCUUGCUCGACGAAUCUUGGAGGCUCCCCUCUCUUUGAACAACUUCUACGGGCCUUCAGAAGCAGGCAUUGGCGCUACAAUCUACGAGGUGGACAAGAUUGGCAAAGUUCCUCCACAUGUACAAACCUUGCCCAUUGGCAGACCCGUCUCGUGGCAUCAGGUGUUGCUACUGGACCCUCAGCUGCGACCAGCAGUCGGCCGUGCUGGGCAGAUUGGCAUCAUGGGUGAGGGCCUUGCCAGCGGCUACCUGAACCUUCCACAAGAGACCAAGACAAAGUUCAUCAAGACACCACAGGCCAUUCGCGAGGUUCUACCGCAAUGCGGACCAAUACUUUAUCUCACUGGUGACGUGGGCAGAUACGGCCAGGACGAUCUCCUGGAAUUUGUGGGUCGACUGGACAAUCAGGUGAAGCUCCGGGGUCAACGAGUGGAGUUGGGCGAAGUGGAGGAAACCUUGCUCUCUGCUCCAGCUGUCACUGAGGCAGUGGCAAUUGUGCAUUGUGACCGCCUUAUCGGAUAUGUUUCCCUUCUCCAGGGCGUGGAGGAAGGCGACGCCGUGCGUCAGUGCCUGGAGAAGACGCGGCAGAGGUUGCCGAGGUACAUGUGGCCAGAGUUGGUGGUGGUGAAAGAGUGGCCCCGAGGUCGGACUGGAAAGGUGGAUCGAAAGGCCCUACCAGUGCCUACAAUUUGCGUGCAGGACACAGUCGCUCCAAGGACUCCCUUGGAGAAGAAAUUGCUGGUGGCCUUUUGUCAGGUCUUGAGGCGAGAUCCCGAAUGCACUUCUGUGCAUGCAGACUUCUUCGCGUUGGGAGGCACUUCAUUGAAAGCCGCAGCUUUGCUUUCAGCCUUACGAGCGCAAGUUCCAGAGGCUUCGGCCUUGCAGUUCGACGAAGUCUACGCAGCGCCAUCGGCCUCCUCCCUGGCGAUGCUGUUGAGCACCACCCGGGAGGUGAUGACGUUGGGCCCAGCGCCGCUGGACGGGUUGAUGCCGGCCAGCUUGGGCCAAGAACAUAUGCUGGUUCUGCAGGAACUGCAACCUGGAAGCCCUGCCUACAACUCGCCAUUGCUUCUCAGGUUAGAAGGAAGCCUCGACCGUGCUGCAUUCGCCGCGGCCAUAGAGCGAGUGAUCGCAAGACACGAUGUUCUGCGGAGCAACUUGCUUCGGGAUUUCAUUGAUGGCGAGCCUGCAGUGGUCCAGGUCACCACCCCCAUCGGUGAAUUUCGCUAUGACAUGGAAUUUUGGAGCUCCGUGGGUGUCGAUGCUCCUGUUCGCCACCAGCUGCGACCACAAACGCUUACACGCUUGAGAGAUCGCACCCCAGGGCAGCCAGAGUUGUACCGAGUGGACUCGCGCCUCUCGCGUAUGGAUCGAGCGGGCAGCAGUAACAUGCUGACGACUGCCAGGAGUCGAAGAGACAGCACGGGCACGGGCACGGCGCGGCGCCCGUCCUGGUCCCCAGCCUUUCCGGGCUACAACUCGCCCCCCAUGCGGUCGCCACGGCAAGAUGCUCUGCCACUUAUGGAGAUGCCCAAAGCCCAAAGGUGCAGCACCAGCAGUUUGUCCUUGGGCGAUGGAAGGGACCGAGACCCAAGGGGGUCUACGGUGGAGACCACCAUGACCUGGCUCAUGGAGGAGGUGAAAAAGCCAUUCGAUCUUCGUGAUGAUCCUUUGAUCCGGGUGAUCUUGGCCAAGGUGAAUUCGGAGCCAUGCGUUCACUUCCUCCUGAUCAACAUGCACCAUUCGGUGACGGAUGGACGAUCGUUGGCCAUCUUCAGGCAUGAGCUCAGCACUGCCUACAAUCAGCAGUUGUUGAAGCAGGCAGCUCAGCUACCGCCGUUGUCGAUGCAAUAUGCAGACUUUGCCUAUUGGCAGCGACAGUGGAUGGCGCAGGGGCGCAUGGAGAAGGAACUGGAAUAUUGGCGAGUUCAACUGCAAGGUUUGCCAGCGUUGCAGGUGCCUACAGACUAUGCGCGGCCAGCAACACUACCCUUGGAUGGUGGUCAGGUGCCUUUUCAACUCCAGCCAGCAUUGGCCAACCGCCUUCGGAGCUUGGCCCGAGCCAAAGGUGCCACUUUGUUUUCGGUUCUUCUGGGAAUCUUCGCCUUGGUCCUGGGUCGCUAUGGUGGUGCCAUGGAUUUAGCCAUUGCUUCACCGGUGGCCAAUCGCAAUGGGCCUGCUGUUGAGCCGCUGAUCGGUUACUUUGUGAACACCGUCAUCUUCCGAGUGGCCAUGCUGGGUGGUUCCUUUGAGGAUCUGCUGCAACGCCUACGGGACACAGUGCUGGGAGCCUUUAAGCACUCAUCAGUCCCGUAUGCCGUGGUCCUUGAGGCAGCGGAACUGGAUGCUGCUGCCAUUCCAGCAAUGUUUGUCCUGCAGGACAAAGAUGAAAUUUCUUGGAGCAUGGAGGGUUUGCGUGUGGAGCAAGUGGAGCUUGAACGUACCGCAGCUUUGUUCGACAUUACCUGUGAGAUGCAGGAGAUGCCCGGCACCAGUGGAGGAUUACAGGGAUACAUCGUCUACAACCGACACCUGUGGAAUAUCGCACGUGCGGAGCGUUUCGCACAAGCCUUCCAGGCAUUGGCAAUGGCAGUUGCAGAACAACCCACAGCAGAGCUUCUGUCCGGGACUGUCACAUCCACCAAUGAGCGAACGCGCAUCUUGGAAUGGGGCCGCCACAACAAGCCCUCGGUGUCGCCCACACCCUUGGUCAAGGCCUUCCAGCUCCAGAUUCUUCAGUGUCGCCAACAGCCUGCCAUCGUCGAUGACCAAACCUGGACUUACGAAGAGUUCGGGGCGCGCGUGACAGCGCUUGCCUUGAAAGCAAAAGUGUCAAAGACGCCUGGUGAAUCCUUCAUCGGUUUGCUGCUUGCGCGUUCAGUGGAUCUUGCUGUCGCAAUUUGGGCCACACUUGGAGUGGGGGCUGCUUAUGUUCCCAUUGAUCCUGAGUAUCCCAUCGAACGGAUCAAGCACAUUUUGGAGAAUGCUCAGCCCAAGCUGAUGCUUUGCCGAGAAGAGAAGCGUCACUUGAUCGAGACCGCCGCCACGGCCGCCGAGUGCGACAUCUUCACGGCAGAAACGUGGCCGGAGCAGGGCCCAAAAGGCAAGAGCUCCAUAGAACAGAUUGAACAGGCUCCUCCUUUACAUUUGGCCUAUAUCAUUUACACAUCUGGAUCCACGGGAAAACCCAAGGGGGUGGCCAUUGAUCAUCGAGCAGCAGCCAACAUGGUCAGAGAACAGCUAGCGCUCAUGAACAUUUCCAAGGAAGACCGUGUGCUCCAAUUCUUCAAACCUGCAUUUGAUGGUGCGGUACAGGAGUACUUGAGCACAUUCUGUGGAGGCGCUUGUUUGGUCCUUUGGGGCGAGGAAGGCUUUGCUGAAGCUUUGACCCAACAGAAGGUGUCCUGUGCCACGUUGACGCCUUCGGCGCUGUCGGUGUUGCAGCCAUCGCGCCUUGGGGCCUUGAAGAAAUUGGCGGUGGCCGCUGAGGCGUGCCCCCCAGCCUUGGUCGAAACCUGGGCCCCGGGGCGACAUUUGGUGAACGCCUAUGGUCCAUCGGAAAACACCGUGGUCUCCACGUGGGCAGAAUUGACCAUACAAAAAUCUGAAGAGGGCUUUACAUUGGAUGUACAAGGCGAUUCUCCAUCAGUAGGAGGUUCCUUUUUGUCUUUGUGUUCCAUAUCUCGGUCACAACACCAUGUACCAAUUGGUCGCCCGUUGAUGGGAGUUCAGUGUUAUGUCUUUGAAGCAUCGAUGUUUAAAUCUUUGCAGCCCAUCGGUGCACCGGGUGAACUUUGUUUGGGAGGUGAUCAAUUGGCACAGGGAUACUAUCGCGAUGCUGCGAAAACGGCUGAAAAGUUUGUGACGAAUCCACUGAACGGAAAGCGGAUGUACAAAACCGGGGAUCUGGUGAUGUGGCUGCCCUGCGGCCAACUCCUCUACCUGGGCCGCAACGAUGAGAUGGUCAAAGUCAGAGGAUUUCGGAUUGAGCUCACAGAGGUUGAGGCUGCUUUGGCAGCCUUGGGUGCACAGGCCGUCCGAGUCCAGAGAUGUCCAGAGCAAUUCAUCUGA